CCGGACGGGGGGGGGGGUGGGGUUUGCGGCGCGCCGGAAGUGUCGGUCGCGAGCGGUGUCGGAGCGGCGCCACACAAGAUGGCGGACGGGGAGGAGGUGACUCUGGACGGGCGUCCGCUCCAUCUGCUCCGCGUCGCCGAUUUGAAGGCGGCACUGGAGCAGCGCGGGUUGGCCAAGAGCGGCCAGAAAAGCGCCCUGGUCAAGCGGCUCCGCGGGGCUCUGAUGCUGGAGAACCUCCAGAAGCACUCGACGCCCCACGCCACCUUCCAACCCAACUCCCAGAUCGGCGAGGAGAUGAGCCAGAACAGCUUCAUCAAACAAUACCUGGAGAAGCAGCAGGAGCUGCUGCAGCAACGCCUCGAGCGAGAGGCCCGCGAGGCGGCCGAGCUGGAAGGCUCGGGAAGGAGCGGCCCCGCCGCCACGGAGCACGACGACUCGGACGAAGACGGGGCGCCGCGGCAGGAGAGGCGCGGGGGGCGCCUGCGCCAGACUCGAGGCGCCAAAGCUCCGGAAGGGGGUACGGAAGGACCCCCCCGCGGGCGCCGAGCGGGAGCUCAGCCCCUUCUGAAAGCAGGCGAGGAGGAAGAGGAAGAAGAGGAAGAAGAGGAGGAAGAGGAAGAGGAAGAAGACGAGGAGGAGGAAACGAAGGCCGUGGAGCCCCAAAUCCAACGCCAAGCCGAGGAAAGCGAGAGCCAGGCUCCCCAAGAGGCUCCCCCCGUUAACGAGGAGCCCCCUCCCGCUCCCCGAGAGGCUCCCCCCGUUAACGAGGAGCCCCCUCGCCCUAACGAAGCGGCCCCCGCCUCGCCCUCGCCGCCGCCGCUCAGCGAGGGGCUGUCGCAGCCGCCCCCGCCGGGCCCCGAGGAGCCCCCGCCGCCUCUGCUCACCAAGGAGACCCCCCCGCCCUCGCCGGGGGGAGCCCCGCAGCCCCCCGAACCCCACGCCGAGCCCCCCGGCACGCAGCCGGCGGCCGCCUCCCCGGCCUCCUCGGCCUCGUCCUCAUCGUCCUCCUCGGCCUCGUCCCGGCAUUCCUCGCCGCGGCGCGGAACCUCCCGGCACAGCUCCCCGAGCCCCACGCCUCCCCCGCCAGCGGCACGCAGGGGGACCCCGAGGGGGCGGGGGGGGCGGCCGCCUGCACCCCCGACCCGGAACCGCGGCCGGAGCCGCCCAUGGAGCCCGGCGCCCCCCCCCACGGCCGGGGCUGCGCCCCAUAGCGCCCCACAGGAGCGGCCCCCGGACCCAGAGAGCCCCGCCCAGCCCAAGGCCUUCAAGAGGAAGAUCGCGCUGCUCUCUGCCAAGGGGGCGGUGCCGGGGAGCGCGGAGCCCGAGGGGGGGGCGGCGGCGGCGGCGGGGGGGCGGAAGCGGCGCUGGGGGGCGAGCACGGCCUGCGCCCCGAAACGGCCCUCCAUCAGCAUCACCACCGACUCGCUCAAGAGCCUGAUCCCCGAGAUGAAGGCGGAGGCGGUGGUGGAGCUGCACCCCGAAGAGGGACCCAUGGAGGAAGACGAGGGGGCGGCGGCGGCGCUGGCGGGCGGCGGCGGAGAGGGGGUCUGGGACGGGGCCCCCCCUGCCCCGACUGCCCUCCCACAUCACCCACCCCUCAAAAUCUGCCGCACCGUCACUCAGGUGGUCCCAUCGGAGCCUCAGACCAACGGUCAGGAGGAGGAGGGGGAGGGGGAACCCCCCCGGCGGGGGCUGGGCACCUUCUCGCUGCCGGUGGAUGAUCCGGUGCGGGCGGCACCGCGGCUCCCCCCCCGCGCGCGGCCCUCGCCCAUCGUCCACCUCUGCAACCUGGUGCGGCCGUUCACGCUGGGGCAGCUGAAGGAGCUGCUGGGCCGGACGGGGCGGCUGCGCGAGGAGGGCUUCUGGAUCGAUAAGAUCAAAUCCCACUGCUACGUCACGUACGCGACGGUGGAGGAGGCGGUGGCCACGCGCAACGCUCUGCACGGCGUCAAAUGGCCUCAAUCCAACCCCAAAGUGUUGGCGGCCGAUUUCGCUCAGCAGGAGGAGCUGGACUUCCACCGCGGGCAGUCGUCCCCGUGCUGCCCCUCGGGCUGCGCCUCCUCCUCCUCCUCAUCUGUGGGGCAGCAGCCGCCAUCAUCGCGCUGUGGGGCAGCCGUGGGGCAGCCGUCGCCCUCGGCUCCUCCGCCAUCAUCGCGCUGUGGGGCAGCCGUGGGGCAGCAGCGGGCGCAGCGGGAGCGCGAGCAGGAGCGCCGCGAGCGGACGCGGGGGGAGCGCGAGUGGGACCGCGACAAAGGGGCUCCUGCCCCACGGACGCGGCCCCCCGAGAGGCGGCGCGGCAGCAGGGAGCCCCGCCCCGACAGGAAGGAGAAGCCUCCGGAGGAGCCGCCGGCGAAGCUGCUGGACGAUCUGUUCCGGAAGACGAAGGCGGCGCCCAGCAUCUAUUGGCUGCCCCUCACCGACAGCCAGUUCGUCCAGAAGCAGGCGGAACGCGCCGCCCGCCGGGAGCGCGAACGCCGCCGCAAAGAACAGGAAGAAGAAGAGCAGCGAUCUCGCGGCGCCCCUUCGUCCCGCGACAAACGCUCCGCCGCCGCUCCUCCUCCUCUUCCUCCUCACGCGGAAACGCCGCCGCCGCCGCUACGCCUUCCUCCGGCCCUUCCGCUCUUCCUCCUCCUCCUCCUCCUCCUUCCUCGUCCUCCUCGGAGACGCGCGGCCACCGCCGCGCCGAGAAGCGGCGCAGCGACUCUCCGGCGGGGCGGGAACGCGGCGCGCGGCGCUGAGCGGCAAUAAAGGCAAACGCUAACCCAUUUCGGGGACGUU